AUCGUCCAUCAAUUUGUGAUGUCGGAUGAUCCUAAAGUGAAAGAGUUCACUCUUAAAGAGGAUCAUGAGCUAAGAUUUGAGGUGGGCAGUACGGAGGUUGUCCUCGAACUCUUACAAGGAAGAGCAGAGGUAUUCGGUACGGAAUUGGAAAUGCACAAGAAAUAUGCUUUCCCACAGAAUACUCGUGUUGCCGUGUUCAGCUGGAAGGGAGCGUCAGUUGAGUUGAUUGGACCUACGACAAGCGCCUAUGUUGCUGAGCAUACUCCAAUGGUGAUUUAUCUAAAUACCCAUGCUGCAUUGGAACAACUGCGACAGCAUGCAGAGGAACAGGCAUCUGUAGAUGGUACAGAGAUUCCCAAGGGACCUCGUAUUAUGCUAGUAUUCAACGUUUCUCGCAAGGGUUAUCUAGUGCUUUAUGUAGUUGGACCAACUGAUGUGGGAAAGACCACUGUGUGUCGAAUACUCUGUAAUUAUGCAGUGAGGCAAGGAAGAUCGCCAGUUUACGUUGACUUAGAUGUUGGCCAGGGUAGCAUCUCUGUACCUGGCACAAUAGGUGCUCUUUUCAUCAACAAAACAGCGGAUGUAGUUGAAGGUUUCGACCGCUCAAAGCCACUUGUUUAUAAUUUCGGUCAUACAUCUCCUGGUGAAAAUCUAACUCUUUAUGAUUUGCUGGUGAAAGAGUUAGCGGACUCGGUUACUCUUCGAUGUGCUACACAUCCAGAGGCUAACCUAGGUGGUCUUGUCAUCAACACAUGUGGUUGGGUAACAGGAGAAGGACGUAGAAGUUUGAAAUUUGUGGAAGCUUUCGAAGUAGAUGUUGUUAUUGUACUUGACCACGAACGUUUGUUCAAUGAGCUACAACGAGAUUUACCCACUUUUGUUAAGAUACUCCACCAGCCUAAAUCCGGUGGUGUAGAAACACGAUCUCGGCAGUCACGUCUUGCUGCAAGAAGUGCAUCAAUUCAUCGGUAUUUUUAUGGCGUGCACUCGAAUCCGUACUUCCCAUUCACAUUUGAGUUAAAUUUUGCUGAAGUGAUUUUUUGUAAGAUCGGAACUGAAAAACUUCCUGAAUCGUGUUUACCGUUUGGUUCCAAAAUUGAAGACCAUCAAACCAAGGUCCUUCCCAUUAGUCCCAGUUCUGAUAUGGCACAUAGAAUGUUCGCUGUUACUCCAUGUCCUACUGUAUCACAAGCUGUACUGAAGGAGAGUGUCUUGGGAUUCGUUGUCAUUACCGAGGUUUGUUUUUUUUAG